GAGAGGGAGACGGAGAGAGAGAGUGAGACGGCGCUUUAUGGUCGUGGCUUAAUCGUUAUGUGUGAAGUGUGAAGUGUGAAACUGUGAACUGAAUUCAUCAAUUUUUAUUAAUAAAUAUUUUUUCCUUUUUCUAUGUAGAAAGCAGCACAAAACAGAGAUAGAUAGUGAACUACUUAGUGUUAUAUAGGUUUAUAGCUUCUACAACUCACUACAGAGAAACACCGAUCUCUCUCUUCUCUGUAACGGUUAUUUUUAUUUUUAUUCUCAUUCUGUAUGUCAUCACUGUGUUGUUGGAAAAAACUAAGAAAGAAGAGACUCUGAUCAGCUGUGACUAGAGAGACUUGGCUCCUGAUUGUUUCCGUUGAAAUGGAUUGCGACAACAAUGAGAAUGGUGCUAAAGAACCAUGGGAUUGGCACAGGAAUGAUUGUAAUCUCGAAAAGAACUCCAAUUUCGGCCAAGAUAUUUCAGAAGAUCUAUGGAAUGACAUGCCCCAAAAUGAUGAAUAUAUUUCCUACAUGUUCGAAGAUGAAGAAGCUACACCAGUUAAGGCUUGUGGUGAUUUGGGAUACGGUGUCAAUGAUAGUGUUUUGGAUGAUGUACAAAAGGAAGUAGAGGAGUUGAGGGAGACUUCUUCUCAAGUCAAGAGGCGGCGCAUGCUACAAUUCAACAUCCAGGAUAGCGAUCAUUCUCUUUCCAGUGAAGAGAUGUCUUUAGCAUAUUUAAAAUCAGAUGAGAAGGUGGACUCGCUUAUGGAUCCUUUUCCUGAAGUGUCAGAAUGGGUGCCCGGGUCAUCAGAAUAUGCAUUGGGAGAUUUGCCUGCCUCUAGUUAUGAAGACCUUGAGUCAACUGAAGGGUGGCUAGCAGAAUGCCUUAAUGAUGCUGCGAUGCAAUUCAGUCCUGAUGAACUGAACUUUUCAGGGGCAGAAGAUAUUCAGAUUGAUAUUGCAGAGCUCAGUGACAUCACGGCACCUUCAGAACAAAAUGUAGUUCAGCAGCAGCAGCAGCAGGUCACUCAAACCCCCAAAAGAAUUGUGUUCAAAGGGAGGAAAUCGUUUAUACGGACACCUACAAAGUUGGCUUCGUCCGUGGCCUACCCAUUCGCCUUCAUCAAACCUAGUGGUACCCAUGGAGACAUAACUCUGAAGGAAAUUAAUCAGCGCAUUCGAACACCGCCUCCUUCGAAAACAAAGCAAAGCAGUGAAGAUCCAUCUGCUUAUCCCAAAUCAGCCUUCUCUGGGAAGCCUGUUGUUAACAAAACAAAGAUACGCACCGAAGGUGGAAAAGGUAGCAUCACAAUUAUGAGAACUAAAGGCUAAGUUUAUCUUCUGAUUUUCUAACUUUUGGCUCACCCCAUUAAUGUGUGGUGAUGGCUUUAUUUCUGUAAUAUACCUGCCAGAUUUUAGAAGUUGAUACUGCAGUUUUUUCUUCCUAUUGACACUUAUUAUCAUAUUACACCACCUUAGUGUUUACUUCCUCCUAGUGAGGUCUUAGAUAAUUUUCUUAUAGCUCUUAUUUUGGUACAUGAUUUUCUUGGAGCUAAGUAUGUAAUCUGAACUUGAUACUUCUUACCUUGUUAGGAGUCCCUAGUUGUUGAAUUGACAAUGUUACUAAGCUUGAGCUUUGCUUUUGUAAUUGAUACAUACAGAUU